CGCCCAGCAGACCAAGUUGAUGUGACCGCUAUCUGGCGAUAUCGACGGCUUCCAUACGAAUCCGUGGCUAUUCCGAGACCCCUCUUCUGCGCUGUUGAAUGACAGAACGCUUCAUCCGUCGUUGUUCGUCGGCGACCUCCUGUUUUUUGACUCUUUUGGUUUUGUGUGGUAUCUUCUCGUCAGGGUCGGUCAAGGCAAAGCAGAUUCAGGAGGACUACUUGCGGAAUGUUUCGAUAGCUAAUACGUCGCCGGAGAUCACGUAUACGCCGUUCUUUUGCAACUCGAGCACGAGCGAAGUUGACUGCAAGGGCGGUUGGCGGGCUCUGGAUGUUGAUGGAUUAACGGUGGUAUCUACCGAUGGUCCAUCUGAAGGGGGCGUGAAUAUCGUACCACAGAUGUUCUUUUCGUUUCGAGCCUCAAAUUUAUUCAUGACGACUUCCCCAUUGUCAAAUGUCUCUAUCAAUGUUACAGUUUUGACGGGGAACGUUACCGUCAAUGCCAUGGCUAAUUCCAGUCUUGGGUCACUCGCUGUUGUUAACCUCCAGGAAACCGACACAACCACGAUUUCGAUAACUUAUGUUCCAGAUCUUCAGAUGCCCGCACGACUUGAUAUUGGUAACAUAACCAUAAUGGUCAAGAAUGAUUCCGUUUCGAGUUCAUUUCUCCCAACUCAAACAUUACCACCUAGUAUUUCCCUUCCCACUGUCAUUCCUACUUCCAGUUCCUCGAAUUCGGCUACUCCGACGACAACUUCCGACAAUACCAAAAAGAAACUGGUUGCACAUGCAGUUGGUUUGACAAUAGGAUUGGGGUUGGGUCUUACGGCCGUGGCGUGCGUGAUUUAUAUGUUGUGGAGGCGACGUCGAAGGAAACAGCGAGAAGAUAGUAUGGUGGCAGGCGGCACUAUUGACCACGCAUCAGCCUCUCGGUGGAACAGGGAACUCCCGUCGCUGGCUGAGCCUGGGAGACAGUCGAUGUCGAGCUAUCUGUCACGGAGGGCGACGAAGGACCAUAAGGAUACUAGAUGGUUUAGAUGACUUUCUUCAUGCUUUUGCUAAAUUCGGAUCAGUCUGUACGUUUGUACAUAAUAGUAGAACCCUGAAUGUUGAUUGUAAUGCAGUAGGCUCUAAUUAGGUAUUUAUACUGCGAACAUAUGAUCGGCC